AUGGUUCUGGAAAUUUGUAGUGACCGUCGAUCGAGUCGCCGAAGUCGCUCUCACAACAGGGAUUAUCUUUGUGGCUGUCAGAGGAGACGAUAUGAAGUAGAUUCUGGUCGAGAAUACAGUGGUCGCAACGGUCGUAGCUCUCGACGGCAUGGAUCAAGAGAAAGUCAUCUCGAGUGUUAUCAAUCCUCAUCACGUUCGAGACGGAAGGCAGUAACUAAGAAGUCAAACGGACGUGGAGGCGGAGGAGGAGGUGGUGGUGGAAAGAAGUCCUAUCGAAGCAGUCAUCGCAGCAGGCGUCAUCGUCGAUCACCAACACCACGUAGGAAUCGAUUACCUUCUACAUCUCGAAGAUCUCAUCUUCCUGAAGUUGGGAUUUAUUCAUCUUCGACGUCACCUGUUAAUCCGCUGGAACCGGUUUCGAAUGCUUCCACUGAUGUUAGUGCGAAACAGCGUCGAUCAUUAGUUGGUGUCUUCUAA